AUCUUUGGGCGUGAGAGGCUAAAUGGGCACUACGACGUGGGUACCUACGUCAUCGGGAACACCCUCUUUUCCAUCCCCUACCUCCUCCUCACCACUCUAUUCCCAGGAGCCAUCGCCUACUACCUGGCGCACCUUCAAGAUGGAGCUAAACACUUCCUCUACUUUGCUCUAGUCCUCUUUGUGUGCAUGAUGCUCGUAGAAAGCCUUAUGAUCCUCGUUGCGAGUCUUGUCCCCAACUUCUUCAUGGGCAUCAUCACCGGUGCCGGUGUCCAAGCCAUCAUGAUACUGAACGGUGGCUUUUUCCGACUACCUAACGACUUGCCUAAGCCCGUUUGGAAGUACCCAAUGUUUUACAUCUCAUUCCAUAAGUAUGCUAACCAAGGUUUAUACAAGAACGAGUUUGAGGUUCUUGCUUUCCCUAAUGGCUUAGUCGAAGGGCCAGCCACCAUAACAGGCGAGAGCAAUUUGAGAGAGACAUGGCAAAUGGAGAUGGGGUACUCCAAGUGGGUGGACUUGGGCAUAUUGAUGGGCAUGGUGGUUUUCUAUAGGCUUAUGUUCUUGGGAAUCCUCAAACUUAGCGAGAAGGCAAGGCCGGUGGUGAGGGGCUUUCUGGUUCGGCAUCGCAAGCAAGUGACAAAGGUGUUGGAUCCGAUGCCUUAG